AUGGCUUCUGAAGAUAAAGACGGCCAGGGACUACCAUUGUUUGUAUUUAUACCUCUUAUAUUAUGUAUUGUUGGUAUUCUGGUGCUGCUAGACAUUCGACAAAGACAGAGAAAUCCUCCGCAUGUCCCUAUCAAUACCCAACCACAGGCGUUUGAGCAGCAGUUUUUGCAUGACCGUGAUGACCAAGACGAUGGUGAGCAAGAUGCUUCUGAUGAUAAUCAUGAUGAAGGAUCCUCCAGUGCGGUUCGCGUAAAAAAAGUAGGCAAAAAGAGGGGCGAUAAAUUACGGAAAAAAGAAGAGAAGAGACGAUACAGGGAGUACAUGGACCAGCAACGUGAUCUGCGACGAGCACAAGAGGAGGCCGAUGAAGAGGAGUAUAGACGUAUCAAGAUGGAACAAUCCAUACAAAGGACAGAUGAGAUGGAAAAGCGUAGAAAGGAGAGGGAGAAACUGGCCAAAGCAAAAGCCAAGGAAGAGUUGAAAAUGCAGGCAUUACAAGAAAAGGACGCAAAGAAGCGGCAAUACCGAUUCAACAAAUACAGCGACAAGCUAAAAAAGUUGGUCAAAGAGAAGAAAUUGUGUGAUACGCAUGCAUUGGCCAAAUCAAUGGGAUUAUCGCAAGAGGAAGUAAUCGAUAUGCUCAAGCAAUCAUGCGACCAAGAUGAUGAAUUUGAACUGUGCUUGUGGUCUGGUACCGAUACGUUUUUAUUCAUUACACGAGAGGACUACGAGCAUUUCAACGAGCAAUUCAGCAGCAGAGGCAAACAGUCCAUUCAUGAUGCAACAUUGUAG